AUGGCUACGACUACGAUUUGGUUUCUAUCACUUCUCUUUCUCCCCAGUUUUCUUCUCGCCCUCUUCAAACACAAGAACCGGCGGCGGCAACAUCAACGGAAACCACCAUCUCCUCCUGGCUUUCCGAUCAUCGGAAAUUUGCACCAGCUUGGCGAAUUACCACAUCAGUCUCUAUGCAGACUCUCCAAAAAGUAUGGUCCAGUUAUGUUUUUGAAGCUUGGUACAGUCCCAACUGUCGUUGUUUCUUCCUCUGAAACAGCAAAACAAGCUCUGAAAGUAUAUGACCUCCAUUGUUGUAGCCGUCCUCCAUUGGCAGGGACGAGAGACCUCUCUUACAAUUAUCUGGACAUCGCUUUCUCUCCUUUUGAUGAUUACUGGAAAGAGUUGAGGAAGAUGUGUGUGCAAGAACUCUUCAGUGCUAAACGAGUUCACUUAAUUCAACCCAUCAAGGACGAAGAAGUCAAGAGACUGAUCGAUUCAGUCUCGGAAUCAGCUUCUCACAAAACGCCGGUUAACUUGAGUGAGAAGUUUCUUGAUUUAACUGUAAGCGUGAUAUGCAAGGCAGCUUUUGGUUUGAGUUUCCAUGGAACUGUUCUCAACACUGACAGAUUCGACAAGUUAAUCCGUGAGGCUUUCUUGUUCUUGGGGAGCUUCUCUGCCUCAGAUUUCUUUCCAAAUGGUGGUAGGGUCAUCGACAGGCUCACGGGUUUACAAGGGCGGAGAGAGAGAAGCGUGAGAGAUCUCGAUGCGUUCUAUGAGCAAAUGUUUGAUCUGCAUAAACAAGGAAACAAAGAAGGAGUUGAAGAUUUCGUGGACUUGCUCUUGAGGUUGGAGAAAGAAGAAACUGUUCUUGGAUAUGGCAAGCUCACAAGAAACCAUAUCAAAGCAAUCUUGAUGAACGUUCUUCUUGGAGCCAUCAAUACUUCUGCAAUAACAAUGACAUGGGCAAUGGCAGAGCUUAUGAGAAACCCUAGAGCAAUGAAGAAAGUUCAAUCUGAAAUCAGAAACCAAAUCGGUAGAAAGUCAACGAUCAGCUUGGAUGAUAUGGAACAGCUCCAAUACCUGAAAAUGGUGGUCAAAGAAACAUGGAGACUACAUCCUCCAGCACCUCUUCUUGUUCCAAGAGAAGUGAUGUCUGAAUUUGAGAUCAAUGGCUACAAGAUUCAACCCAAGACAAUGCUUUACGUGAAUGCAUGGGCUAUCGGGCGUGAUCCUGAUACAUGGAAAGACCCUGAGGUGUUUCUCCCAGAGAGGUUUAUGGAUAAUGACAUUGAUGCAAAAGGACAGAACUUUGAGCUGUUGCCAUUUGGAAGUGGCAGAAGACUCUGUCCUGGAAUGUACAUGGGGACAACGAUGGUGGAGUUUGGUCUAGCUAACAUGUUGUCUCAAUUUGACUGGAAAUUACCAGAAGGCAUGAACGUCGAAGAUAUCGACAUGCAAGAAUCUCCUGGACUCACUGUGGGCAAAAAAGUCGAUCUUUCACUUGUUCCUGUGAAGUAUUGA